AAUUUUUCAUCUGAAAGUUUAAUAAUAUAUUUAUAAUUUAUUAUACUAACUAAUAAAGCUAGCAUGCCUGUUGCAUAUUUCACAUUCUAAUAUCCGUUUGCAGUUCCCAACGUGAUUAUGUUGUCAAUAGUAUUUAUAUUUAAAUAUAAAAAUAUUUAAUUAUAAAAAUUAAUUUAUUAUAUUAAUAUAUAUAAUUAUUAAAUUGCCAUGAUCAAACUUUAUAUAGUAUGCUGACAUGUUGUAAAAUUUAUUAAACUAAGGCACUGAACAAUUAUGUUGAGUUUUACUAAUAACAACGUUGAUACUGGAAAAUGGCAAGAAUUUGUAUCGGAUGAAAUUCAAUUUGACCAUAAAAAUUGUUUAGACAAUGAAUUACCUCUUUCAUCAAUAGGGACUACUAAUAACAUUGAUACCAAAAAAUGGCAAGAUAUCAUAUUGGAUAAUAUUCAAUCUAACAUGGAAAAAGACUCAAAAUAUGAGUUGCCAUUUUCAUCAAUAUCCACGAUUAAUGUUGACCAUAGAAAUGCAAAACAUCAAGAUAUUAAUUUGGAUGGUUCUGAAUCUGACAUAGAAAACUAUUCAGAUAAUGAGCUACCUCUUUCAUCAAUAGCAAAUGUAUUGCUUCCAAUUGAUAGCUGUAAAGUCGUAAAAAGUGAAGUUGUAAAAUCUGAUUCAAGUCAAAUGUCCAUCAAAGAACAAAGUAAAAUAAAUAUACCAAUUAAGAAGUACGGAUGUGAUAUUUGUGGGAAAAUAUAUCUCACACGAAUUGCAAUUAUUGAACAUUUUAGAACUAGUUUAUGCUUUCCAGAAAGUCCUUUUGAUCUUGAACACAACAACCCUACUUAUAACUUUUGCAACAAUUCUGAAAAUGUAAUAUCAUACACCAACAUAAGUAAUUUAAAAACUAAUAAUACAAAAGAUAUGACCAACAAGUGUAGAAUUUGUCAAAAUGUAAUUAGAAAUGGUAAAUUUACAAAAAGGCGUAACAUAUCGCAUACUAAAGGAAAUAACUUAUGUAAUAUAUGUUCAGUAUUAAAUAGUAUUGCAUGUGGAAAUAAUCACCACCUUAAAGAAAAGUAUACAUGGAAAUGUAAAACUUGUGGGCAGUCAUUUACUAAAUUAUCUGUUUUAAAAGCUCACAUAUGCAUUUUUUCAAAGACUAAUAAAUUGAACGCCCUGGAAAACCAUAAAACUCUUACAUUGCAUUGCGAUAUAUGUUAUAAAAAAUUUUUUAAACAAUCAUCUUUAAAAGAUCAUAAAAGAAUACACAAUUUAAGACGUAUCAGCCAACGAUGCAAUAUUCGUUUAAAGUACUUGAAUUAUAGUGUAUUAAGACAUACAAAAAGAGUCCGCAAUUCAUCCCAAAAUUAUGAAUGUUCAAGAUGUUCAAAAGUAUUUCAUAAACGUUCAGAAAUAAUAUCUCAUAUUUUUGAAAACCAUCAAGAAGAUUAUUCCAAAUAUAGUUGUGACGAUUGUACAAAUUUAUGUGAUUCUUCACGGGACUAUAUUUUACGUCUAGGAAAAAACCAUUUCAAAUGUGAUGUAUGUCCCCAAUCAUUCACUACAUCUCAUAGACUACAACAGCAUUAUAGAUGGCAUCUUGGUAUCGAUAAUUUUAAAUGCGAAUUCUGUCCUGAGACAUUUUCGAAAUGUUCUCUUUAUUUAUCUCAUGAAAGAAUUCACACUGGAGAAAGACCAUUCAGAUGUAAUUUUUGUGGCAAAUGGUUUCCAGAAACAUCAAAUUUAAAUAUUCAUUUAAAACCCUAUUGUCAAAAAUCAUAUACUCAGAUGUCAACAUUAUUAUCCCAUAAAAGAAUAUGUGCUAAAAAAAAACAUCUAGAAAAUAAGAGUUAUAAUCAGCUGUCUACUAUGGAUGUACGUACAAGAAGACAAUGUACUAGAAGAAAGCAGUUUAAGUGUAACGUAUGUGCCAAAUCAUUUUUUCAUUCAUGGUCAUUAAGUGCUCAUCUAAAAAUACAUCAAAAUAACAAGAAUGUGAAAAAAUCAUCCUUAAACAAACACAAGAUACCACAAAAAAAUGCCAUAUGCAUUAAAUGUGAUUUAUGCCAAGAACUAUUUUAUGACAAGAAUAAUUUAAUCGCUCAUAGAUGCAAGUCAUCUACUUGUACUUGUUGUCUAAAAGUAUUUGAUAAUGUUUCUUCACUUAAAAGACACUACAGGUAUAUGCAUCAAAAAAAUAAUAUACUCUAUGACUGUGAUAUUUGUAAUAUAUCAUUUAUGUGUUCAACUAGUCUUAAUGAACAUAGAAAAAAUCACACUCAGCUUGAAAAAAAUACCCCUCUUAAACUCAAUUCCAGCAAUGAAAUAAAUACAGUAAAUGAAGAAAUGUACUUAAAUAAAGAAUAUAAAUGUGAUCUUUGUAUGAAAAGUUCGUUCAAUCAAGCACAAAUAGUUGCUCAUAUUCUAGAAACUCAUUAUUAGAUUUAUUAGGUUAAAUAUUAAGUAUACAUGUAUAUAAAUAAAAAUGUUUGUAAAAUAAAUUAAGCUUUGAUCAUGUAUUCAAGUGUCAUAUUAAAUCAGGAUUUGCGAAGGCACAAAAUCUUUUUAAUUCCUUUGUAAUAUUGCUAUUAAUAUUAUGUUAUUAUGUAUCAUUACAUUAUAAUUUGCUUGCUUUAUAAAAUAUCAAAUAGAAUAAUCAAAUUCAUUCUCACUAAUUAAAUAUCUAUUUAUUGUAAUAAACUGGUAAAAACGAUUUCACAUUUUAUAUAAUAAAAAUAUAUAUAAAUUCAAAGUUAAGUUAAAGUUAAGUUACAUAUCCAAUUAUAAUAGUUUUCUGAAGGUAUCAGCUUUUAACAUGGAGUAUACCUAUCCACCUCAAAAUAUAAAUUGUCUAAGUGACUGUAUUGUAAUAUUUUGUUGACAAAGAAUUGAUGCUUUUAUAGAUGAGAAGGCAGUAAAACAAAAUUAAAUAAUGUAUUAAAUUGAUUGUAUUUAAAGUAAAAUAUAAUAUAUUAUGCUGUAAUUAUUUUAUACUUUGACCCAACUGUUUUAGGGAAUUCAAUAUAUAUGUUUAAACAAAAAAAAGUUAUCAUUAAUCAUCACUAAUUGUAUAUGAAAUUUUCAUUUUUAUAUAUUAUUUUUUUUAUAGAUAUUAAUAUAUUAUUAAAUAUACCUACAAUUAUUACUA